AUGGCAUCGUCGUAUUCUACUAAUACAGAUGACAUUCAUUCACGAACAACCAAUACAGCUGUUCCAAGUAAUCGAAAUCCCCGCUCUAGCCGUGUCUCCAUCUCUUCAAAUAAACGUUCGUCAGUCAAUAAAGCUGGAACAAAUUCAGCUAAAUUUAAUCAUGGAAUGUUCCGUCGUGCUGUACCUCAAAUGCCACGUGUUUUAGCUAUUAUUUGUUUUGUACUCAAUCUCGUUCUGCCAGGCACAGGGACAUUAAUUAGUGCCUUUGCAGUAUUCUGUUGCGGUAAACAUGCUUAUGAAAAGAAUAUCGUUGCGUGUCUGUAUAAUCUCCUGGCAGCUAUUCUGCAAAGUGCCACAAUAUUUCUACUCGUUGGAUGGAUUUGGUCAGUCCGAUGGGGUAUACUAUUUGUUCAAUUAUCAGGCAACAAAAACAUGAGUACACAAUCAUCAACACCGUUCUAUGUUCGUCGUCAAUCGAGUGUUGACACACACACUCAACCAUUUCUGACGCAAAUGGUUGCACCACGUGUACCACCGGUACUCGAAGAUACAAACGAAAUGGACGCUGUGUGA